AUGAUGAAAACACCAAGCAAGGCCAAGAUUCUCUCUUCACCCACUCACCAUCAAACAGCCCUAUCAGAAGGCGUGAAAAGUCCACAACCACAACAACCUAGAUUUCUCUCUCCCACAGCUUCCUCCUCUGCCAGACGAAAGGAAAUACUCUCGGCACGAGGUCAACAACAACAACAGAAUCAUCAUCAGCCAACAACCACAACAACAACGAACAGUACUCCUCAUAAUCCACUUGUAACCCCACCACGACAUGCUCACAGUAAAUUACCUUCCUUCUCCUCCUCCUCAUCCUCUACUCAUUCCGUUCCUUCCAAACGAGGAACCCUUCUCUAUGAUCCGCUACUUUUCUCUGCUCCUUCCACAGCAGCCUCUACUAAAUCCUCAUCUGGUCGUGUUCCUAGCCAAGCAAUAGCAACAACAACAACACCCAAUAGAAACAAUUAUCAUUACUAUGCUAACGGACAGAAAUUGAAUCAUGAUGAUGAUGAAAAUUCAUUAACCGUUCCUACACUCCAUUCACCCCGAAGCAAAGGAAUUCUCAAAUCUCCACCUCCUCCUCCCAUUCAACUCAUUCCAGAAGUAUAUAGAGAUGCCUGUACCAAUCUUCAUACAUUGGGAAUUUGUAGUCCCUCUGCAAGUCGAUUCUUCUCGCCUUAUUCGUCCUUCGCAAGUGUCAUUACUGGUUCAUCCUCUCAUCCACAACAACAACAACAACAACCCUUCUACAAGAAACAAGGUAAAUUUGGCACGCUCAUUCUACAAACUUCUCUUUCCAAACUCACCAAAGGCAUCUUGUUAGAUAAGGAAGAAUAUUUAACCAUUGGAUGUUAUCGGGAGUGUAACAUUCGAGUGAAUCAUCGAUGUUUUCUCAAAUUAGAUCCCGAUUAUGAUGAACAGGGAAAUCCAUGCAUGUUUUUAUGUGUCUAUGAAGGUGCCAAUCUCAUCAAAUUGAAUGGAGAAGUAUUGGAAGGAUUAUGGGACGACGAGGACAUGGAUGGAAUUUUACUCAAACACGACGAUGAAAUUCGAAUUGUGGACAAGUUGUUGUACUAUGAAAAUUAUGAACAGUAUGAACGAGAACGUCGUCUCUCGUUGUUGAAUGAUGUGGUUGCCACGUUACCUCUGUUCAAUAAGGAAAAUGUCAUUCCUGAACUGCCAACCACUCCCAAUAAGAACAAUCAAAAAGCAAUGAACACUGCAUCUUGUGGUUUGAAAGGUCAACAACAACAACAACAACCAUCAACAUCCUCCCAAAUGGCACCACCUGUUGUUAUUGUUGCUGAUCAGGAAAUGAAGAGUCCUCCAAUCAACAAGGGUUUUUCAUCAUAUGUUGACACACCCAAGAGAAAAGAUUCCAUUCAGAAAAAAUCCAUUUCCACACAAAGAAAAUCCACAACACCUUAUUCAUUCCAUGUAGAUGCUGUUCAUGUUGGAAGUGUUACGGUGGCUACCAAUUCUUCUCUUCUUUUUGACUGUGGUCCAGCAACUGAGAAUAGUAACAACAAGCCCUCAUUGGAUCAUCAAGGAUUGAACAAUCAUGGAAUGACUUCUUCAUUGUGUAAUAGUGCCAGAAAGUCCGUAUCAUUUGGUGAGACCAUCGAUAUUCAAUAUUACAAGCCAAGUCAUGAGCCAAAGAGAGUAUCUGCGGCCAAUCGACUUGUCAUUGAUGAAGAUCUUGUCACGACAUCAUCCUCCCAAACCACUGAUGAUUCUACCAUUUCAUUUGGAUGUGACAAUGACACUACUUCUCAUGCCGAUGAUUUGACUUUGACUCAAAAUAAUAUUACUAGCCUCAGUAAUAUUUGUCAAAUCAUUCACAUUCAGGGAGAUCAACAAUGCACAGUACAACCAGUUCUAGAAUCUGCAAAACCACCCACAACUACACCUUUCCCAGUUCUUGAUGCAGAUGUCGAUUUACUUUUGCAAGAGUUUACCAUUCCCAAACCACCACAUACAGUCAAUCAAGACGAUGUAAAGGACGAUGAAGAUAACAUGAAUGAAAUGGAACACUCACAAUCGGUACAAGAUCAUGUCGUCAUGGAAAAGGAGAUUCAAUCUGAAAACUUUAAUCUUGAACGACAUGACGACAAUGUCUUACACAAUGAUGACAUGAUGGAACAAGAUGUAGAUCCGAUAAUUCCACAAACAACAGAAUCACAAUCUGUAUUAUUUGAGGAUGAAGAUUCACUGGACGCUAUUCCUACACCUCACAGCGGAUCUUCGAGAGGAUCUUCCCAACGAAAACGUUCCACACCUGUCACAGAAGAAUCUGAGUCUGAUGGGUCAUUGUCAUCUGCUAGCUCAACAAGAUCCUUCUUUGGAGAAGAUGAUGAGUCUUUCCUUAAUAUGAAUUUUUAUGCUCCUCCACGAAUGAAUGUCACUUCAUCAUUAUUUGAAAGAACAAGUGAAGAAGUGUUAGAACAUGUUGAUGAACGCAUUGAAUUAACACAUGACGAUCACUUGGAUUCUUCAAUGAUUGAAGAUGAAAAGACUCUUAAUGGUAGUGCACAAGAAUCUGUAGUGGAACAACAACAACAACAUCAACUGAACACUAUUUGUAACACUCCGCCAAGACAACAAACAGCCAAGAGAGGUAGAGACGACGAAGAUUCGAAUUCCAAUUCACCAUCCAUGAGAACUCCUUCAUGUUCUGCUGAAAAGGACACUAAGAAGACGAAAGAAUGUGUUUCUGACAUGGAAGCUGAGCCGCUUCUUGCUAGCUCUGUGAAUAGAACACUUGAAUUUGAGUUACCAAAUACAUUUGAAUCUUGUGUAUUGGACGAGACUGUACAAACUACAACUUCACCAUUGAAAUCAAUUGAAGUGUCACACAGUCCUCAGGAAGAUGUUUCGAAUCAAACACAGGAAGAAAUAGUAACUCCAACCACUGAAGAGUCUAAUGCUCUUCAAGAUGAAGUUGUGGAUGUUGUAUUGAAGAAGAAAUCAAUUAGAAGAAGAAGAGCAAAGAAAGAGUCCUCUAGUAGUGUUGAGGAUGAAGAACAAACAAAACCCUCAAAUAACAUCUCAACUUCACCAGAGGCUUCAGUCACUCAAGUCCCAAGACGAAACAGAAAAUUAAAGAAGUAA